CGUUCGGUCCGAAACUUUUCAACAUUACGUAAUCAUUGCUGAAAAGCAUAAACGUCGUAAACAUUCAGGAAUCGUAACCAUUUCCGAGAAUGCGCUACGUUUAUCUGUCAAAGAGGCCGUGGUUGAAGUGGACAAAGAUUUGGAGUCGUAAUUUACAAUAUUUACCAACGAUGUCUGCCAAUUCGCCACCCGGGACCAGCGAUGGAGAAGACUCGUUAGAUGCGUCGACCGUCCCGCCAAAUCAUAUAGAAACUAUGGGCGCCCGCCUUCGGGAUUUGGAUGUAGACUCUAUCCGUAGAUACUUGGCUCAAAAACUAGGUUUCUAUGAGCCUACGGAGCCGGCGGCGCCGGUAGAAAAGGUUUUGGAUGAAGUCAACCUAGACGGCAUCAUGAAAUGGAUCAAAGGAUCGCGAUGCAAAAACAUUAUAACAUUGGCGGGAGCAGGCAUUUCUACGUCGGCCGGAAUCCCAGACUUCCGGAGUCCAGAAACGGGUCUCUACCACAACCUGCAGAAAUACAACCUCCCUGAGCCGCAGGCUAUUUUUGAAAUCAACUUCUUCCGGCAGAACCCCAAACCUUUCUUUCUGUUAGCCAAAGAGCUGUUUCCGGGAAGCUUCAAGCCCACUGUGUCACACUAUUUCAUCAGGCUUUUACAUGAGAAAGGUCUUCUCCUCCGCCACUACACUCAGAACAUCGACACCCUAGAGCGCGGCGCCGGUCUGCCAGAGGAGAAGUUAGUGGAAGCCCACGGGACCUUCUACACGUCGCACUGCAUCGACUGCAGGAAGGAGUACCCGCUUGAGUUCAUUAAAGAGCAUAUAUUCUCGGACCAAAUCCCCAUCUGCACCGCUUGCCCUGGCGUAGUUAAGCCUGACAUCGUAUUCUUCGGGGAGAGCCUGCCGGACCGCUUCCAAGACUGCCUGCAGGAGGACUUCCAGCACUGCGACAUGCUCAUCAUCAUGGGCUCCUCGCUGGAGGUGCAGCCGUUUGCUUCCCUCAUCGACAUGGUCCCCGACUGGUGUCCGCGGCUGCUCAUCAACCGCGAGAAGGCGGGGCUGCGCUCGCCGCUGCUGCGGCUGUGGGGGCUGUCGUCGGGCGGGCUGCAGCUGGACGCCGACGCCACGAGGGACGUGGCGCGGCUCGGGGACUGCGACGACGGCUGUCGGGAGCUGGCCGAGAAACUCGGCUGGGGGGAGGAACUUCAAGCCCUCGUAGCAUCCGAGCACGCCCGGCUAGAGCUGGCAGGCUCGCUGUCCGCGCCGCACGCCCCGCACGCCUCGCACGCGCCGCACGCUCCGCACGUACCGCACGCUCCGCACGCCUCGCACGUCCCGCACGCUCCGCACGCCUCGCACGUCCCGCACGCCUCGCACGCCCCGCACGCGCCGCACGUACCGGAGCCGGGCGUCAGUUCACCGCUAGACCCUAAACUGUGAGCAUUAAGCUAACGUCUGGUGUAUGUCGAAUACUUUAUCGCCGCCACAAUGUUCCUUACGCUCCUGAAUGUGGAUGCGCGUGUAAAUUUUCAUAUAGUUGAAAUUUUCUGAGGUGAUUUUUUUCGGCUUAGCCUUCAUCUGUUGAAUAGAAGGCAUUGUUUAGCUACAGAAUCCGUCAAGAUUGACAAGCAACGAGCCCGUUCAAAAAGCAAUUUUACCGGCCUGUUUUUAUGGUUCAAAAUGUAUCUCAUUCGGAGACUACUCAACACGGAUACGAUCUUGGACAAAAAAUCAUAAAUGAGAUAUUUUUUGCGAUCGUCCAAUCAUUAUUAUUACUUUUGCGCAAGUUUGAUUGACCAAAAGAAAUAUAACAGAUAAAUAUUGAGUAAAUACGCCAUAAAACUACAAAAAUUAUAAUAUUAAAUUACUUUCGCCCAUUGAUUUUAAUAAUAGAUAAUAGUCCUUUUAUAAGCUGAAAAGCAAUUCAUUCUGGCAAUAAACAGUGCUCGCGAAGAAGUAGCUGUACAGUGUGUGUAGUGCAUAAUUGAUUACCAUCGUAUUUUCUCGGAAACGUUUCGUAUUUGUCAUGCUACUUCAGUCAACCUUAGUACUUUUUGCACUGAGACUGACUGAAAUAGCAAGACACGUUCGUACGUUUCCGUGAAAAUACAAAGGAAAAUAAUUAUGCACUACUGUAUUGCAAAAGUUCAUGUGUAGUGAACACAAAUCGUAUAAAAGGUCAUGCGAAAUGAAUGACGGAUAAAUAAUCGAAAUCAAAUAUUUGCGAUAUAGCAAGAUGGGAAAACUCUGAACCCAUACCAUCCUGACUAUGGAAAAUGAAUACAGAUGUAGUAGAUACUUAUUUUCCAUCGUAUUUUUACGGAAACGUACGAACGUGUCUUGAAGUAGCAUGACAAAUACGAACAUUUCAGAGAAAAUACGAUGGUAAACAAUUAUGCACUACAUCUACAUCUGUGCACUAAUGCAAUGUUAUUUUGGUCGUUUAUGAUAACAAUUUUCUCAUCUGUGUUAAGUUCUUGUUUAGAUGAAAUAUAUUUAUUUACUUGUUGACUUAAAUUACUCAUUAUUGUAUGAAUAAAAUCAAAUUUAUUUUCGGGUGUGGUUUGCAAAGUGUCGUGUCGUCAUUAUCACCAAUAUUUGGCCAAAUCACGGUAACAAAAUAAAUAAAAAAUAGAAAAUAUAAAUACAAAAUUCUUUUAGCGGAUGGAGCAAAGAAUUGCCUGUGUUGUGAUGUGAAAUGGUAAUUGUUUCAGCGUUUUUUUAUUAAUUGAGUAAUAUCGUCACUUUGUUGAACUGAAUUUAGAAUCAUUUUUUUCAUAAAAACAAAAGUUGCGAUCAAUUCAUUUUUCGAAAUGAAUUGAUCGCAACCUUUGUUGUAACUUAGAAUUACUAUUUUUUUUGCAAUAAUUUCAUUAAUUGACCAAUUAUAAGCCUUUACACGAUGGCAUAAGGUUUAUUAAUGGCCACUUAAACGCGUCUUCGUGGACUGGUAGACAAUUAAAAGUCAAGAAAUGCAUAAUUUAUUUAUAUCAAAAAUAUUAGAAUUAAGUACUUAUUUAGUCACCUUUGCUAUAGCACUAGGAGUUUAUUCGGAAUAAUUUUACUCGGCGACAUUAAAAUCAUAAAACUUAGGAACAGGCGGGUCAAUGGACGAAAUUCUUCGCGCUUAUCGUCCUUACUUUAACACAUUCAUUGUCAGUAAGUGCUACGGGUUACGCUCGUAGCGCGUAGCCACAGUUUCGCCGUAUGGAGCGCGUAGUCGCUACGAAGAGUGUACCCGACAGUCGGGUUCUUGGCGCUGAAUGUGUAAAAUAGAAGCAUAGUUUAAUUACUAGCUUAGGCAUAUUUAAAUAUGUCGCUCCGCUCGCCGUGGUAUGUCAUGGACUCAGUGUGUUUAAAGCCUUUCUUUCAUCUUAGCGUAUAUCCCGGUUAGGUGUCAUCCAUAAAUUACAUCACGCCCCCCCUCCCCUCCCCUUCCUUGUCACAUUUGGCCUGGUUUGACGUUAGGGAAUGCAAAUCGGUUAUUUUUUGUAUGGAAAUAACCGCGGUUUCGGUUAAUAACCGAUAAUUUCCAUACAAAAAAUAACCGAAAAUAACCGAUUUGCAUUCCCUAUUUGACGUCACAUAUUUGUAAAUUUUGCUUUCCACGAAAUCAGCAUAUAGAAGUUUUAUGACACGAAACCGAUGAAUAAUAAAUUUUACGAAUAAUAACGAGAUAUCGUUUCAAAAACUGGCCUAUUUAGUUGUACCGUGAAUACAUCAAAAAAUCCAAACAAUUUUUGGCUACAAGUGAAGUUAAAGUAACGUCACAAAGUUUGUGUCCUCUCCCGUGUCACAACAUGUCACAUUUUCUGGACCCCCUAAACGUGUGUAUAUGUAAUUAAUGGAUGGUCCCUUACAACCCAAGCUACUGUUUUGGAAUCCAGGGUCCGCUAAGUAUGUGAUUCGCCUAUGUCAUGAUAAUAGUGCCUCGUAGUAUAACUUUAAUUUAUUUUAUUUUAGGACAUUGUUUUAAUAAGCCCGCUUUUACCAUCCCACUAACCCGGGGUUAACCGGUUAAACCGUUAACCCAGUGUCAAAUUGUACUGGUAACCAUGGCAACUCCAGGUUUAACCGGUUAACCCCGGGUUAUAGGAAUGGUACAAGUGGGCCUAAGUGUUUUUCUCAGUUUUAAUAUUGGACGAGAAAAUAAUUAAUUUUAUGAAAUAUUUAUACUGUUUGGAGUUUGAAAUAAUUCUAAAUUGCAAUUAGGGGUUUUAGACCAGAGGUAUACAGAUGGAGUGCAUAAAUGUUUUCCUUUUUUCUCGGAAACGUUCGUAUUUGUCAUGCUACUUCAGUCAACCUCAGUACUUUUUGUACGUACUGACUGAAAUAGCAAGGCACGUUCGUACGUUUACGAGAAAAUACGAAAAAAAAAAUUAUGCACUACGUCUGUACUUCACUGCGGAGUAACGGUGAUCCGUUCGUCAACCGUGGUUGGUGCAACUGGUCCUUAUAAAAAAAUUGUUGUAUGCCAAAAUGCUUUGUUUUACUUUUGUUGUUUUUUUGUAUAAAUUAUAUCACAAAACUGAUGUAAUCAAAUAUCUUAUGAUGCAGAUGUGUAUGUAUACUAUUAUAAUUAUAUCUAAGAUGUGUAUAAUUAAUAUAUAUUAUGAACAUGGAAUUGA